AGUAACAUUGGUUCGUGACUACGCUUCGGUCAGAAAAUCUCUUGCUACGCAUUUAUGGGAUUUUUUGAUAUAAUAAUUGAAUUUCAUCAAGAAAAUUAUCGUCUAAUUCAUCUCAGUUAAGGUAAGGGAGUAAGUUAACCCUCCGGAAGUACUGGAAAGUGAUUAUUUAUUAUGUUCAUAUAUAUUUCCUUCUGUAUCACAGCCAUGUUGAAGUAGUGUUGAUUUUCUAAGUUUUCACCAGUUUUAUCGUUAUAAAAAAGUUAAAGUUGUUCACAAGUAAAUGUGACAGACCCAAGUUUCGUUUGUGUUGUGAUUAUAAAGUUGAAAAAGUCUUUCCAAUAUGAAAAGUGUUAAAAGUGCCACCGAUACUGGCUUCGAGGCGUCGUCUGUAAGGCAUGGAUUCAGAAGAUUCAAGAGGUGGUGGUACUGGGGAUGCUCGUUCGUCAUCAAGUAGUAGCAGUACCAGUUCAAGGAGUAGACGGAGCUCAUCAUCAGAUAGAAGUGAAACUUCUAAAAAAGAUGAUAAACCACCCAGAUCACCAUCUUCACCAAAGUCUGAAGGUCCUAGGUCACCUUCACCAAAGUCAGAAGGUCCCCGAUCACCUUCACCAAAGUCUGAAGGCCCUCGAUCACCUUCACCAAAGUCUGAAGGCCCUCGAUCACCUUCACCUGAGAGUAGAUCUCAGUCACCUUUAUUACGAUCCUCAUCGUCACUUAAAAAUCCACGGUCCCCUGGUAAUCUGAGUGAAGCUCAUUCUGAUAUCAAUUCACCAGAAAAUUCAAUGCCAGGCUCACCACUGGCUUCUAAAUUGCUUGAUGCACCUAAAUCGCCUAGUGAUAUGGGCUCCAAUGUUGGUUCACCAGAAAGGGCUGGUCAUUAUUCUUCAGCUCCACCUUCUGCUAGUGACGGCCCUAAAACCCCACAGAGCCCUAGUUCUGCUCCAGGUUCCCCUAGUUCUAGGUCCCGUCCAGUUUCUCCAGAUUCGAAAUCUCUGUCUGACAAGAAUGCAGAUGCACAUUCUCAGUCCUCUAGUGCAUCACCAGAUAGGGCAUCAUCAAGAUCUCCGAUUAGGUCACCUCAAGCAACUAAAAAGGUAUGGAGCCCAAAAGAAAAAUGGAGACGUCACACAAAAGCAGAGCAGAAAAUGGUACCUAUAAUGAGGGAACGAAGCAGAUCCGAGUCUAGUCAAUCUAGUAGAAGUUCAUCAUAUAAUAAAAGACGAUCAAGUGCAAAGGACCCUGCUACUGAAGAAAUUUCUGAUGGUGAAAUGGAAUCAGACCAAGAAGAGGGAAACUCACAAAGUAAAUCAGUAACAAGUGACAAGAAUGAUGGAAAAGAUCUCAAUAUAAGCCAUGAAGACUUAUCUGAUGUGUCUGACUUAGACUCUGUUGGACCAGAGGAUUCAGAAAAGGAAGCAAAGAGAAAAUUACCUCCUGCAUCACCGGAAUAUAAACCGGAUAUAAAUGUGAAUGGGAAUAUCACUGCAAGUGCUCAUUCCUCCCCUAAGUCUGAUAGUGGAAGUGUUAAAAUUGAAUCACAAAAAUUAGAAAAAGUUCCUCAAGAAAAGACAAGUAAUACUGAAGAUGGGGAAGAACAGCUUGAUUUUGAAGCAGAAGAAGGUGAAUGUAUUGAACCUAAACAAUUAGAGGCCAAUGGAGAUACAGAUGUUAAAGGACAAGAAAAAGAUGAGGUGAAACCUGGUCGUCGAUCACGUGGUUCAUCAUUGGAGGAGGGUGAGGUGUCGGAUGAAGCAGAACGUCGCCCGGAGGAGAGUGAGCCGCGACCUGUCUGUCGGUUCUUUUCUAGAGGUGCCUGCACAUGGGGUGUCAGUUGCAGGUUCUUGCAUCCUGGUGUAACGGAUAAGGGCAAUUACAACAUGUUUGACGUAGUGAGAGGCGUGCCCUCUAGUGGACCGUAUAGUUCAGCGCCGCCAAGAGAUACGGCACCUCCAGAGUCUGCUUGGGAGCGCGGCCUGCGAACUGCAAAAGAGAUGCUUCGAAUAGCAAAUAAGCGUAAGGAGCAAGAUAUGGACUUUGAAGAGAAGAAACUCCACCUGUCAGUUGGUGGAGUGGUCCAUGACCCAGACGCAGAACUGGCAUACGCCGCCGCAGCCGUGGGCGCUUCGCCCCCCAGACUCGCACAUGAUAUGAUACCACAUAGAGACCCGGAGACUUUCAGCAGGUCAUACGGUCCAAUGUAUCGCGGUAGGUACUUACGACCAAUGGAGGAACGUGAACGUUUCUAUGAGCCGGAGCGCGGUUACGAACGCGAACGUAUGUACGAGCGUCCGCCACACUACGAUGAACGUGGACCUAUACCUGACGACGUUUCAUACCACAAGCGACGAGUACGCUCGUCACGCGAAGUGAUAGUGCAACGUGCGGAAGUUGAACGGCGGGAGGGUAGAGAAGGGCGGGAGGGCCGCGAGGUUAGAGAAGGUCGAGAGGGUAGGGAAGGCCGGGAGGGUAGAGACGGACGAGAGGGCAGAGAGGGACGGGGUAGGGAAGGCCGUGAAGGGAGAGAUGGGAGAGAAGGCCGCGGAGAUGAGUGGGCCGAUCCCUGGAUGAGAGCUGAACCUGCUGCCAGACGACGUCGACCGCCUUCAUCUGAUGAUAGCUACUCAUCUACUAGCUCUUCAAAUUCCAGUUCGCGCAGCUCGCGAUCGCCGAAUGCUCGACGCAAGAGAAGGGCUUCUUCGUCGGCACGACAGAGAUUAUCACCGUCGGUGAUAGUACGGGAACGUCGUAUGGCGACGGCGCGUGCGACGGCUAUGAACCCGCCCGCCCCGCGCCGCCGCGCCCCCUCUCCCGCGGCCGCCAGGCAACUGGCCGCCAACCCCCCGCCCCCUGCAUCACACCGGCAUAAGGAUGAAUUGGAUCCAUAUGGUCGUAACAAAGCAAGUAUAAGAGAUAGAAAGAAAUACUCGAGAUCGUCAACAUCUGGAUCAGAUUCGUCAUCGUCAUCUAGUGAAUCGGAAAGCGAGUCGCAUUCGUCGUCGUCGUCGGGCAGUUCGACGGCACGCCGAGCGAGGCAUGCGAGGUUACUGAAUGCUACAGCUAGACCUAGGUUAAAUGCGAAAUCCAACACGGGAUUAGCAGUCGCAGUAUCUACAGUGACGACCACAAAAGAAAUAAAUGAUAAAGAAUCGAGUGGGAAGAAACGCGCGGCCACGUCGCCAGUGAACACUGCACCCGCCAAGAAAUCCGUGUCAAGACGUGAGGAGUUACUCAAACAACUGAAAGCCGUGGAGGACGCGAUCGCUAGGAAGAGAUCCAAAAUAUAACGUUACUUCAAAUAAGGAACAAGUUUGGGUGUAGCAAAGCCGACAGUAAGAAUAUUUACUGUUUGUGAGAGACUCUAGGUUCAAUUAGCCUACUUAUGUAUUUCAAACAAUCUGAGAAAGCAUACAGCAGAACCAAUGUCGUACAAAUAAGCAUUUAGUUAAUACCGUUAAUGACUUUGAUCUGAUCUUAAAAAUGGAAUAUCUGUAAUUGCUUUUAUUAACAUCAUGUUGUAUAAUUAUAAUGUUAUUAUCAUGGGUAGCUAUGAAUGUUGUUUUCAUAUGGUAUUAUUACUCUUCUAUUGGAUAUGUCAGGGGAAGACUUCAAUUGAUAUUUCUAUUUUCUUUCAUUACAGCAAUGAAAGCCUAGAUAGUAGGUUUAAAGUUGUAUUGAUAAUUCAGCUGUAUAAUGAAAAUGUUCAAGAGCUAAAGAAUAAAAAUACUUUGGUAG